AUGGCUCAACCAGGAGUUCAGUCGCUGAAGUGCGUGGUUACUGGUGACGGUGCCGUCGGAAAGACAUGUUUGCUCAUUUCCUACACAACGAACGCCUUCCCCGGCGAGUACAUCCCCACCGUCUUCGACAACUACUCCGCAAGUGUGAUGGUCGAUGGAAAGCCGAUUAGCCUGGGACUGUGGGAUACUGCUGGUCAGGAAGAUUACGACAGACUGCGCCCGCUCUCUUACCCCCAGACCGACGUCUUCCUCAUCUGCUUCUCCAUCGUCAGCCCGCCAUCAUUCGACAACGUCAAGGCCAAGUGGUACCCCGAGAUCGACCACCACGCCCCCAACAUUCCCAUCAUCCUCGUUGGCACCAAGCUCGAUCUGAGAGAAGACCCCAACACCCUCGAGUCGCUCCGCCAAAAGCGUAUGGAGCCUGUGUCGUACGACCAAGCUCUGAUCUGCGCCAAGGAGAUCAAGGCACACAAGUACCUGGAGUGCUCUGCCCUGACGCAGAGAAAUCUGAAGAGCGUUUUUGAUGAGGCUAUCCGCGCGGUCUUGAACCCCAGGCCUGUCCCCCAGCAGAAGAAGAAGUCCAAGUGCACAAUUUUGUGA